UUCCUGCGCGUCACGAAGCAGUACCUCCCGCACGUGGCUCGCCUCUGCCUGAUCAGCACCUUCCUGGAGGACGGCAUCCGCAUGUGGUUCCAGUGGGGCGAGCAGCGAGACUACAUUGACACCACCUGGAGCUGUGGCUACCUGCUGGCCUCGUCCUUCGUGUUCCUCAACCUGCUGGGACAGCUGACUGGCUGUGUCCUGGUGUUGAGCAGGAACUUUGUGCAAUAUGCCUGCUUCGGGCUUUUCGGAAUCAUAGCGCUGCAGACGAUCGCCUACAGCAUUUUGUGGGACCUGAAGUUUUUGAUGAGGAACCUGGCCCUAGGAGGGGGCUUGCUGCUGCUCCUAGCAGAGUCCCGCUCGGAAGGGAGGAGCAUGUUCGCGGGUGUCCCCACCAUGCGGGAGAGCUCCCCUAAGCAGUACAUGCAGCUUGGAGGCCGCGUGCUGCUGGUCUUGAUGUUCAUGACUCUCCUCCACUUGGACGCCAGCUUCUUUUCUAUCGUCCAGAACAUUGUGGGUACGGCGCUGAUGAUCUUAGUGGCCAUUGGUUUUAAAACCAAGCUGGCGGCUUUGACUCUUGUCAUCUGGCUGUUUGCCAUCAACGUGUACGUCAAUGCCUUCUGGACCAUUCCCGCCUAUAAGCCCAUGCAUGACUUCCUCAAGUACGACUUCUUCCAGACGAUGUCAGUGAUUGGAGGCUUGCUCCUGGUGGUGGCUCUGGGCCCCGGGGGAGUCUCCAUGGAUGAGAAGAAGAAGGAGUGGUAACAAGCAGGCCCCUGCCCUACCUGGCCAAGACCCAGCCAUCAGGACUGGUUCAGGGUGGAGCUGAGAAGCUGCCAGCAUUUGUGUCCUCCCCCUCCCUUCCCUUGGUAAAGGCACCGAUGUUUUGAGAACUUUAUUUGCAGACACCUGAAAACCAAUGGGAAAGUCUGCUCUGGAACCAGUCUGGUACUGACUGUUGAGUGCUGGCUAGCUGGAUGGACAGUCAGUCCCCCAGCCCUGGUUUUGAGUCCUUUUGGGGUGAGGGCCUUCCAGCUGUACUGAGCAGACAAUGUUUAUCAUUCAGAGCAGUCUCCCUUGUUUCUUCAGUUUACAUUUUUUGCUCAAACUACAUGUUUGGGAUGGUCCUUCCCGACAUCUCCCACACAGUGACGCUCCCUGGCCCAGAACCACACCAGGCCGCAGCACCAUCUCUGCCCUUGAGCUGUAGUUACUCUAAGCUCAGCCACUGAAGACCUCUUAAGAACUCCGCAGCCAGGGAGCGAUGCAGUAUUGGAGGAGCGACCGAGGCUGCUGGUGAUGUAGUCACACAUUCACAUGCUCAGCUGGGCACUGGUCCUGGGUGACAGAUACCCCAGAGGUAUAGUGGCUUACGGCAGGGGCCACAAACAAGCCCCUGGGGAGCUGCUGCUCUGGGGCUGGGGGCCCGGUGGGCUGGUCAGGAGGCUGCAGGCGAGAUGGCUGACCCUGACAUUGAAUCGGCUUGCGGAGCAGUGGCCGCAGAGGGCUCAGCCCAGUUACCUCACUUGACCUUCAGAGCCAGGCCUGGACACCCCAGCAGCCAAGUCACUGUCCCCGAGGCUGUUGCUUGCUCCAGUUUUGUCCAAGAUCGUCUCACAGUUGUGAUGCCUUACCGAUUUGGUCUUGAUCCUGUAUUUAAAGUUUUCUAACAUUGCC